CCAGUUUAGUAUAGUUACCUUUGAAGCCUCAAACGCACUACACAAAAUCUAAACAUGAAGUUCCUCAUCGUCUUCGUCGCCCUCUUCGCCAUCGCUCUGGCAAGACCUGACGUUCAUACUCUGCGAGAGGAAUCUGACGUCGGGCCCGAAAGCUACAAAUUUGCUGUGGAGACUUCCGAUGGUACCAAAAAGGAAGAAGAGGGUCAUCUUAAGGGCGCUGGCACUGAUGAUGAAGCUAUUUCCGUAAAAGGAUCAUACUCAUGGGUUGAUACCGACGGCAAUUCCCAUACCAUCAACUAUAUUGCCGAUGAGAACGGUUUCCAGCCCGAGGGCGUUGAUGUGCCCAAAGCCUAAGAAGCGAUAUUAAAUUUGAAAUGAAUAAAUAGAU